CUAAUUUGGUAAUUUCGUAUUCUGUCGGUCCUAACACCUAACGGAAGGGAAUACUGCUGUGUGUUAAGAUCCGGAGUCCCUUAUGGUACGAUUCCCCUCCGCCUUGUAUUUCGUUUUGGUUUCCACCCACCCAAACUUCCCAAUAUCUCUGAAUACAGCAUCUCGGCAUUUCUCCGAAUCCGAUCUGGGGAAAAAGUUCCGGGGACGUUACCGUAACCCUAGCUCUGAUCAUAAUCACCGCCAAAUUUCAACUUAAUACCGGAGAUCGCAUUCGCUUCUGAUACGCAUACGUUUUACCGAAUCGGAGGCUCGUAAGCGUAUGAAACAGCCGCAUCUCCGCUGACUGAUUUGCGAAAUUGAGGUGGAGGAGGAAUAUUGAGGAAAGAAGAAAAUGGUGAAAUUAACUAUGAUUGCUCGUGUUACUGAUGGUCUUCCAUUGGUGGAAGGACUAGAUGAUGGCCGAGAUUUUCCUGAGGUUGAUUUGUACAAGAAGCAAGCCAAAGCUUUGUUCACAAAUCUAUCAAGGGGAAAUACUGGGGAUUCCAGGAUGUCAAUUGAAACUGAUCCUUAUGUUUUCCACUAUAUCAUUGAAAGGAAGGUUUGUUAUUUGACCAUGUGUGACCGCUCUUACCCGAAGAAGCUUGCCUUUCAAUACCUUGAAGAUCUCAAGAAUGAAUUUGAACGUGUAAAUGGGAGUCAAAUUGAAACUGCUGCUAGACCUUAUGCGUUUAUAAAGUUCGAUACAUUUAUACAGAAAACAAAAAAGUCAUACCAGGACACAAGAACGCAGAAGAACAUUGCAAAGUUGAAUGAUGAGCUUUAUGAAGUACAUCAGAUUAUGACUCGUAACAUACAAGAAGUUCUUGGUGUUGGUGAUAAAUUGGAUCGUGAGUCUUUUUCAUUUCGAUCUCCUUUUGGGGUAUAGCAUUGAAAUAUGCUAAAACUGUUUGUGAUAUUGUGAUGCGACAUACUCUACUUGUUUGAAUUUAUGUGUGAACUGUUAAGUUAGAAACCGACGUGAACCUCAGUUGCUAGAAUAUCCAAAAAUAAUGUUUUGAAGUGCGAACUACUUGUUCUGAUUUCUCUGAAACUUUUUUCUUCAACAUGUAAUCUCACUGUUUUGGAUUAUGGUUUUUGCGGGGUGGAAUUUUUUUCGUGGACGUUGCUGCGAAUAUUAUUGCACCUUACUCCUCAUCUGGCCUAUGUGUUACUAAGAGAACUUUUAACGGCUGUUCAUCACUCAUUGCCCUUUGGCAACAUUAAAUAGCUCAUCUGGUUUUCAAUUUUAGUACUUGAUCCGUGGCUGGUCCUCAUGUAUUAAACUGUUUAUGUUUUAUUUUGUAGAGGUGAGUCAUUUGUCAGGCAGAUUGACUGAGGAAUCUCGCAUAUAUGCAGACAAGGCAAAAGAUUUGAAUAGACAGGUAAGUCCAUAAGUAUAGUACAAAAUAAAUGCAUUUGCUCUUUGUUUCUAAUUUUACUCUUUACUUUUUGUGAGUCCAUGCAAAGUGUGAAUUUCUUUUAUAAUUUUUUUUAUAAUGAAAAUUGAUGUCACUCAUAUCAUUUCUCUGGUAUUGGCUAGGUGAGUGUAAAACAGACGAACUUAUUUAUUGUAAUGAUCUUUUUCGGUGAAGAAAUCUACCUUUGUGAGAUACUACCUCUUGAAUUCUUUUGAGUGUAGCUUCACAGUAACCUUUUCUCCUUGAAGAAAUUUGUUUUGCCUUGUAUUUUCUGCCUCAAGCAUUUUUUACUGUGAUGUAUUGUUAUACACAUGACAGCAAGAAGCAGCCUUUAACCUGCUAUGUGGGGUCGGCUGUAUGUAAUACAAAUGUUGGAGAGAAAAUUUUUUGGUAGUCAAGUCUUUCAGUUUUUGAAUUUGACAUCUCAUCUCAAGACACUCCCCUUCCUCGAUCGCUUUAUAAAACUAAUGUCUUACACACUUAAAUUUCUAUAAACCAAGAGUAGAGCCAUGGCUAUAUCGUGUUAGGUGGAUCUUCAUAUUUUUGUGUAAUAUGCUUUGUUGAGUGUCUUUAUUCCCUGCAAUGAUGCGGGAUGCCUAACAUCUUUUCCCUACUUAAAUGUACAACCUAGUUAAACUGGUAUUCCCUUUUUUGCUAUCUGCGAUUCUUGAUAUUAGAGUUUUCUGUUUUAAAUAUUGAGUAUAUGUAGGUCGUCGGUGACUUCUUUGCGUGAGUAGAUGUGUUGACUUUAUUGAGUAGUUGUUAUCGGGCCUUUCCAUUUCCAAUGCUGAAAAUCUCAUCUGACGUGAUCAUUGAAAUCUUGUAGGCAUUGAUUCGGAAAUGGGCUCCUGUAGCUAUAGUAUUGGGUGUUGUAUUCUUCCUCUUCUGGCUCAGGAGGAAAAUUUGGUGAUGGAUCUCGUUUAAGAAACACUCCCCGGAGCGCAUGAAGACUUCUCAACCACCAAGGGUUAAUAUGAAGAUUGAAGACAAGCUUAUCUUAGUUUUCUUAGAGUAGUUCUGCGGCUACCUGAAAAAUGGAUGAUUAUGAGGCUUUUGUUUAGAACAGAAAGAAGCAUGAAUGUUAAUUGAAAACAUCACGGGGGAGGAUGGAGCUCAUGAUCUAUGAUGGGCUGGUACAGUUUAUAUAUGGUCUAUGUCUAAUAUCAUUUGUCUUUCUUUUUUCCGGCCAACUGAUAAUACAUGUAAUACACCUUCCGAGAUUACAUAUAUUAAGAUGAUUUGAAUAUGAAGAAAAUAUAUAAACAAGCACAACUAGUC